AAUUUUCCUGCAUGUUAUUGAAAUUUUAAACACAUUUCUUCUUCUUCUACUUCCUUUUAGAAUCUUUACGUUCAUAUAGCAUUUUUUCACAUUUUUGAAGGCGUUUUUGAGCAUCACGAGCCCUGCAGAUUUAUGGGCUCUUUGGUUAUUAAUGGCGAUUAGCAAGAGAAGGUUAAACUCUCUCCAUCUUAUCCAGAAAUUAUGGUUUUUGGUUUGGGUAUUUGAAGGGAGGAAGAAGAUGUUUUUUGCCCAUUAUUAGAGAGUCUCAUCCUUAUACAAGAGGCUCAAAGAAGGAGAGAAAUUAAAGAAACUCCGGCAAGAUGGAAGGGGCGGCCGCGGCGGCGGCUCCGCGGAAGAAGAUGACAAAGCAGCUGACCGGAAAACGGGAGGACACGGUGCUGCACUCGGCGGCGAGAGCCGGAAACAUGGGCGCAAUAAGAGAGGCGAUUGAGAAGGCGGCCGCCGGGGAAGAAGAGUGGGGAGAACUUCUGGCGAAGCAAAACUCGGCAGGGGAAACGGCUCUCUAUGUGGCUGCAGAGUAUGGCUAUGUUGAGCUGGUUAGGGAGCUGAUCAAAUACUACGAUCUCGCCGCCGCCGGAAUCAAGGGUAAAAACGGCUUCGACGCCCUCCACAUUGCCGCCAAACAAGGCGACUUAGAGAUGGUGAAGGUGCUAAUGGAGGCUCAUCCGGAGCUAGCGAUGACGGUGGACAUGGCGAACACGACAGCCCUACACACGGCGGCGACGCAAGGGCACAUAGAGGUGGUGGAUUACUUGUUGGAGAUAGAGAGCAGUUUGGCUGCCAUUGCUAAGAGCAAUGGCAAAACCGCUCUCCACUCUGCUGCUAGGAAUGGGCAUGUCCAUGUCGUGAAGGCGAUCUUGCGUAAGGAGCCGAGGCUCGUUACUCGGGUCGACAAGAAAGGUCAAACCGCCCUUCACAUGGCGGUCAAAGGGCAGAAUCUCGACGUCGUGGCCGAGCUCGUCCAAGCCGAUCCUUUGUCCGUUAACAUGGUCGACACCAAGGGCAACACCACCUUGCACAUAGCCACCAGAAAAGGCAGAGCCCAGAUUGUGAAGAUGUUAUUGGAACAGAAGCAAAUGGACACGAGAGCGGUGAAUCGGUCCGGUGAGACGGCGCUUGACACCGCCGAAAAAAUGGGGCACGCCGACAUCGAAGCGCUUCUAAGGGAGCACGGGGUGGAGAGCGCCCGGUCCUUCAAGCCGGCGGGGGCCGCGAACCCGGCGAGGGAGUUGAAGCAGACGGUGAGCGACAUAAAGCACGAGGUCCACUACCAGCUGGAGCACAGCAGGCAGACGCGGCGGCGGAUACAGGGGAUCGCGAAGCGCCUGAACAAGAUGCACGCGGAGGGGCUGAACAACGCGAUAAACUCGACGACGGUGGUGGCGGUGCUCAUCGCGACGGUGGCGUUCGCGGCGAUCUUCAUGGUGCCGGGGCAGUACGUGGACGACCCGGACGACGUCCCGGCGGGGCACUCGCUCGGGGAGGCGAACAUCGCGUCGGAGGCGCCGUUCAUGGUCUUCUUCGUGUUCGACUCGGUGGCGCUCUUCAUCUCGCUGGCGGUGGUGGUGGUGCAGACAUCCGUGGUGGUGAUCGAGAGCAGGGCGAAGAAGCGGAUGAUGGCGGUCAUAAACAAGCUCAUGUGGCUCGCGUGCGUCCUCAUCUCGGUGGCCUUCCUGGCGCUGUCGUUCGUGGUGGUGGGGAGGCGCGAGAGGUGGCUCGCCGUGGUGGUCACCGUCAUCGGGACGACGAUACUGGCCACCACGCUGGGGACGAUGUGUUACUGGGUGAUUAUGCACCGGAUCGAGUCGUCGUCCCUCAAGAGGAACGUCAGCUCGGUUCGGGGGUGCAGUAGGUCCAGGUCUUUCUCUGCCUCCGUCUCUGAUUCUGAGCUUCUCCACAAUGACUUCAAGAAGAUGUAUGCCAUUUAAUGCAAGCAAUUCGUCAAGAUAUAUACUCCUUAGUUUGGAUGAUGACUUGGGCGGAUGUCUUUCUCUCUUUUUUUUUGAACGACUAUAAAGUUAAUAUUUAAUCAUUGGGAGGGAUUUAGUUCAAAGGUGUUGAAAUGAAAAGACCCUAAUUUU